AAAUCAGAAUUUUUGUAGAAGGGAAGUUGGUGUUUUAUGUUGCAAGCCGUCAGUUUUCAUUCCGUCAGGUAAAAAUGGCGGAUUUUGUUUAUGUUUGCAUUGUACUUCUCAUUGGCUUCACGCAUAUUAAAAUUUCAACCGCAGGAGGCUGCAACGAUUUCUGGGACAUAUCAGCCGAUGAAAAUGGUCAAGUCCGAUGGUUUGGAGUAGACAGAGAUGCGUUCAUGGACAUCAGAGUUGAAGCAGAUGACGCUUUGUCAUCCGAGUGUUCUGUGACAAGCAAAUUAGGAAUUCUUUUCAAUGCACGGGAAGUACAUUUCAAGCCACCUUGCCCUAUUUCUAAAUAUCAAGUGAGCGUUACGUUAGUAUGCAACAAGAAUGAGACUUCUACCAGAAUUAUGAGAUUUAGUGUUCCAUAUGAAGAUCUGAUACCAGAACAUGUCCGAGUGAUAGCUACAACCAAUACCAGCAUAAUUCUCCAGUGGAAUAAACCAACAUCUUACAAUGAUUCAGUGGUCACUUACUCUGUGGAAUUGGUGAGCACAAAUUCUGAGGCAACUUUUGUGCAAAACACGUCUGACGUGUUUUGCUCUUUUCGGAACCUCAUGCCAUAUACCUUGUACUCUGUUCGAGUUCGAGCUUUUACAGAUGAUAUUGAUGGAAACUGGACUGAACCUAUAAAAGUUCGAACGGAAAUUGGAGUUCCAAGCCAACCAAGUAUUCAAAGGGCUUCAUCAAACCAUGACAGCAUUUGGGUAGAAUGGCUUAAACCUGAACAUCUUAAUGGACCAAAUGUGACAUAUAUAGUGAUCUGGAAAGAUGGCAACGUUCAGCUAGGAUCGAAGAAAACGAAUGAAACUUCAUUCAGAAUUUUAGGACUAAAAUCCUUUACUCACUAUAUUAUUCAAGUAUGUGCUGUAAAUGGGGCUGGAAAAGGACAAUGUACAGAUUUCGUAGGAUUUAGUACUGGAGGCAGAGGAGCCAUUUCUCCGUUAAUCUUGAUCUUUGCAAUAGCAGUACCUGUGGCAUUUUUAAUUUUCAUAGUAAUCCCAGUGAUAAUUGAGAUAAAAAAGCGAGGAUCAAAGUCUCCAUCCUAUUCAAAAUCCGCCCGAGUUCCUAUACCGAUGUCUUUAUCAGGAAUACGGCGUUGACGUUUUUGCCAUUUCAAGUACACGUGAGUUCUCCUGAGAAAAUUACUUUAAUUGUUUCCUGAAAACUACAAAAGAUGGUGACUUUUCCCAUUUUCUGCAUCAAGAAACUGCCUGCUAAUCAAACUGAAAAAUGUGUACCCGCCUAAAAUAUUUUUCAAUAUAUAAUUUAUGUGAAAAAAGUUUUAAAAUAGUUUGUUUGCUAAAUCUCCAUAAUAAAGUUGUCUCAGUUCAGGUA